AUGCUCUCCAACCCCACCGGCCGCCGCAUUCUCCGAGACCGUCCUCGACUCAACUCCGAAACCCUCAAAGUACCCUAUCUGCGUAGCUUACCCGAGAACUCAGUUGGUUGGUCAUACGCAAAAUGGCUCGAUAAAGAAGGAGUAUCCCCCGACACGCGAGACGACGUACAAUACAUCGACGACGAGGAAUGCGCCUACGUCAUGCAACGAUAUCGCGAAUGCCACGAUUUCUACCACGCCGUUACGGGUUUACCGACUAUGGUUGAAGGUGAAUUGGCUCUCAAAGCGUUUGAAUUUCUGAAUACGGUGCUGCCUAUGACGGGACUGAGUCUUGCGGCUGUGGUCCGAUUGAAGCCUGCGGAGCGGGAGCGGUUUUUUAAGCUUCAUCUGCCGUGGGCGGUGCGGAGUGGGCUGUCGAGUGAGGAGUUGAUUAAUGUUUACUGGGAAGAGCAGUUGGAGCGGAAUGUGGAUGAUUUGAGGGCUGAGUUGGGCAUUGAGGCGCCGCCGGAUUUGAGGGAGAUACGCCGUAUGAUGCGGCAGCAGGAGAAGAGGGCAAAGGAGAAGCAAGCUCAGAACUCUACUUCGUGA